AUGUUAUCUCAAGAAGAAAGGAAGCAGAUGAUUCUCAAGCUAUUUAUUGCAUUGAAGGAGUCGAACAUCUUCCCUGGAUAUACGCCUGUGCAGAUAAAGGAGGCAGCAAUAAGGGCUGAGCAGAGAAUAUAUGAAGAAAGCUCUUCUAAGGAAGAGUACCUGAGAGGCAUGGGUGAAAGGUUUCGGAGGAUUGAAAGAGUUGUAAGUAACAGGAAUAAAAAUGAUGGAAGAGGGAAAAACAUGCAAGAGCAAGCAAUGGCUUAUAUGUACACCAAGCCUCAAGCUGCCAAGGGGCAAGAAUUUGUAAACGCUUCUGGAGAAACUCAAACUUCCAGGCAAGACUAUACUUAUGGAAAUGGUAGAUUUGAAAGAGGAGAAAGAAGGUUGUCUGAGCAGCUAUUUACAGAAAAUAAACAACUUUUUGGCAAGCAAGAUGGAUUUGCACCUCCUGAAAUCAUAGGAAUAACUCGGAAUCACGGUCUUGAAGAAUCAGAUAAUAUCGCUAGAUUCAAUGAUCGAGAUAUGGAAAGUAGCACUAGAGGAAGAUCUAAUUCAUGUAAUAUUCAGGGCUCUCUUCACGACUCCAUGGGCCACGCAAUUAGUGGAGAGGGAUUUUCAAACAGUCCCGGAAACCCCAUAUUUUUCAGGAGGCCUCAAGCAGAAGCAGGCUCUUAUAGUUUUGUUAACAGAAAGGAUUUUCAAAACAUUCCUGGUCAAAGGAAUUUUUAUAUGCAAAGGGAGGGAAACCACCAGGGCAUGCCAUCCCAGUCAUACGGAUAUGCAAAUCAAGGAUUCAAUCCUGAAUUCAGUCGCUUCGAUUAUGGAGGAGGAAAUCCCAAUGUAAGGCACAAAGACGAAGCUCUUUCUAAAUCUACCAUUGAUAUGAAUUUUGGUGAAAUACAGCAAAGUAAGCUUCCCGGAGGUGGUGUGUUUAAUGGAAGAGGAUUUACUCAUUUACAGUAUCCACAACAGUUUGGCCGUGUGUCCUCUCCGACAUAUCAAAAUCCGGGAAAUAUGAAUGCAUUCCCGUUCUCAGGAAAACCUGUAUAUGGAAACCAAGGGACCUUUGGUCCCUCAAAUCAUUCAAUUCCAAGCCAUAAGCAUCCUUCUAGAAUGAUAAAUGGCCAGGGAUACCACUUACCUUCUACUUCUGAUACUAUUGGUGGAUUUUCUCACCAGAACCCCCCUGGUAGGCCUGUAAAUAUGUUUUCAAUUCCACCUCAAAACAGAAAUAGCCCUAGUGCUGAGUGGAUGAUAAACUCACCAACGUUUGACAGACAUUAUCCAAACUCUGGGCAAGGGGCAGUAAAACCUCCACCAAUAUUUUUUAACCAACAAGUUCAGCAUCAACCUUAUUUUCAUGGUGCACGAAACCCUGGACAUCUAGGCCCCGGAAUAGACAGGAAAGAAGUCUUUUCUGUACCAGAGAAUCCUAAUCAGUGGAUGUUUAACUCGCCGGGCGAAAAUCCCCGGAUUCCAUAUGAUGAGUUUUUGCGUAGAAAUAAGGACCCAAAGAAAAACACAGAAUACCUUUCCUCAUCUAAAAAAGAAGAAGGCAACUUCUCAGUAGAUGCUGGAGGAUAUAAGCCCAAUUCUCCUUCUUCAUGGUCCCCUGGUGGAUUUAGAAAUUUCUUUCCGGAAGACUCUCUACCAUGUUCAUCAGACCCUCCCAGGCUACAAAAAAGAGCAGACAACUCUCUAUGGUUCAAAGAGGAUACACGCUACAAUAUAAAUUCUGAGCCAAUUCCAUCUGAUAACUCUACUGAAAAGGUUAGAGACAGCUAUAGUAUGCAUGAAAAAGGAGAAGGCACUGAAUACAACAACACAACAUCAACUCAGCAUCAUCCUGGCCAGAAAGAGACACUUCAAGACAGAAGAGGCACUAUAGACCAAGAACAGCCCUUCGUUUUUCCUGGUGAAGUUUGCAGCUUUUUCAGAGAACAUGAGAUGGAAAGAAUUUAUCUGGAUUAUCAGGAACUUUCAAAUCUAAAGUCAAGGCUGAGUGAGGCUAUUAAUGUGAUAGCUAAAUCUCAGAAAAUACAUAAUGCCUUUAAAGAAGCUUUCCCUGGCUCAGAGCUACUCCAAAAAUAUGAAGCAAUCAAGAAUCUCCUUGAAAAGCAAGAAGAGUAUCUCAAGUACGAUGCUUACUUCCUGAAACCACGAAGCGUAGAUGGAUUUAUAGACCAAAUCAAGUCUCUAACUGUCGAUAUGAGUCAUGACUUGAAGCUGAACACAACAGAUACUGGUGAUGUAAACUAUGGAGAAUGUCUCAUGAAUGCAGUGAAAGCAUUUUCAGAAAGGAAGAAAAAGGAAGAGGCUUUUGGCUUGAAUGUAGUAGAUAAGGAUGCAUAUGAAUGA